AUGGCAUCUCAAUUUCCCCCUCCUAUACCCAAUGCCUUUCCGCCAAAAGAUAUCUCAGCAAUCAAAGUAAUGGUAACUCAUCUCUGCCACGAAAACGGAUUUCCCCCCGGUAUCAUCCGAAUUUCCGAAAUCAAAAGCGGUAGCAAACACAAUAUCAUACUAUUCACAUGGAUUUUAACCAAUCUUGCUCCCGGUAGUUGCAAGGCUCCUUGCAAGCACUAUGUCCUGCGAACCCCCAAAAUGCAAAGAGGGAUCCCCGAUCUCUGGAUCCAGAGAACCGCCGCCUUCGAUUUUAUGUCACUCAAACACUUUGAAGUUCCAAAACUAUACGCUUAUGAUGCUAGGUGCGGGAAUGCCAUUAGAUCUCCGUAUAUCAUACAGCAGCAAGUGGAAGGUUGUACUUUGCUAGAAAAAUAUCGUAUACUAUAUCACAAUUUUCUCACACUCGGUCAUUACAAGCCAGGUUGUGAGUACGGAGAGGCUGCUUCUAUGAUAUCUAUGUAUAUCGAAAGACAAGAAUUAGCAUAUCAAUUUGAAUGUUAUGGUACUUUUCAACCCGUUCAAGGAAUGGCACUCCAGAGUUUCGUUCCUGACAGAGUCAAAGAUCGAAUUGGAUUGGUCGUGAAACCAUUCACGAAUACUUUGUCUAUGAGAGCUAAUUCGAAGGCCAUCGAUUUUAUCCUCGAACUACUCUUCGUAUCGGAGUCGCAGACGCGGAGUCCGGAUCAGGAAGUUAAGUAUCGGAAGAUUCGUCAUAUAGCUUUAUGUAUCAAGGUUUCGGACCAUAAUGAUAUUUAUCGUGCUGCACAUAAACCCGAACCCUCUGUUCUUUGGCAUCCGAAUUUUCAGCCGAGCAAAAUCAUGAUGACUGCAUCGCCUCAAUACGCAGAAUCGAAGGACGACCCCAAUCGAAUAGAAUCCUACAAACUGGAAGCGGUACUAGGAUGGGAAGGCGCAAUGGCACUCCCUCGUAUCAUGACUCGAUGUCCUCCUUAUUUUCUGUGGGGAGAAGGUCCUCAAGUACAUGAGUUAGAUAAGUGUACGUGGAAGUAUGCUAGCGUUGAUGAGAUGAUAGAAGAGGGACUGCCGGGAUGGUACGAAGAUGCUUAUGGAGAGAUGUCGAGGAUUGUUAGGGCGUUGGGGUUUUAUGCAUUGUUUGGGGUGGAUUUUGAUUGGAAUGAACUUCCAUUCGAGGUUUUGAUUGAUGCGUGGACGCGGAUUGAGCCUGAAACGAGGAAUUUAGAGUAUGCGACGAGAUAG